CUUCCUCUAACUUUCUGUUUUUUACCAUCUUUUUUGCAGGAAGAAAUGGGCACAUUAAAGCAGUUUAUUAAGGCUGUUAGAGCAGCAAAAACCGCGGCGGAUGAACGUGCAAUUAUCCAGAAGGAAUCGGCAGUGAUUCGGGCGUUUUUUCGUGAAGAAUCUAAUAAUCAUUAUUACCGGAGAAAUAAUCUUUCUAAGCUAUUAUAUCUUUAUAUACUUGGAGAAUGUACGCAUUUUGGACAAAUAGAAUGUCUUAGACUUCUUGCGAGUCCAUUAUUUGCAGAUAAACGUCUAGGAUAUCUUGGAACUAUGCUUUUACUUGAUGAGAAUCAGGAGGUAUUAAUGCUAGUUACGAAUUCUCUUAAAAAUGAUUUAAAUCAUUCAAAUCCAUAUAUAGUGGGAUUAGCGCUUUGUACAUUAGGAAAUAUUGCGUCUCCGGAGACAGCACGUGAUUUAUUUUUGGAUAUUGAGAGAUUAAUGAAUUCACCGAAUGUUUAUAUACGUAAAAAGGCGGCAUUAUGUGCUAUGAGAAUUAUACAAAAAGUCCCGGAUUUUCUGGAAAAUUUUAUAGAUCAUUCGAAAUUACUCUUAAAAGAUAAGAACCAUGGAGUGUUACUUUGUGGAUUGACGCUUAUUAUUGAUAUAUGUAUUCAUAAUCCAAAUAUGAUAAAAUAUUAUCGUCCUCUUACUUCAUAUUUUGUAAAUCAAUUGAAAUCGCUUGUUAAUUCUACAUUAACUCUUGAAUAUGAUGUUUCAGGAAUUACGGAUCCAUUUUUACAAAUCAAGUUUUUAAGAAUGUUAAGAGUUUUGGGGCAUGGAGACGUGGAGAUUAGUGAACAAAUAAAUGAUAUAUUGGCACAAGUUGCUACUAAUACAGAAUCAACAAAAAAUGUUGGGAAUUCUAUUUUGUAUGAAACGGUUCUCACGAUUUUGGAUAUUGAGACAAAUAAAGGGUUGAGAGUUCUUGGUGUUAAUAUUCUUGGCAAAUUUUUAUCAGACAAUGACAAUAAUAUAAAAUAUAUUGCAUUAAAUACAUUGAAUAAAGUCAUAUCUAUAGAGCCUAAUGCUGUGCAGAGACACAGAAGUACUGUAUUGAAAUGUCUUCGAGAUCCUGAUAUAUCAAUACGAAGGAGAGCUUUGGAUCUGUCUUUUGCAUUAAUUAAUGAAAGUAAUAUCCGAAUAUUAGUGAGAGAAUUGUUAGCAUUUUUGGAGACAGCUGAUAAUGAGUUUAAAUUAAAUAUGACAACUCAAAUAUCCAUUGCAGCUAACAAAUUUGCGCCAAAUAAAAGGUGGCAUAUUGAUACCAUACUUAGGAUUUUAAAACUGGCUGGGAAUUAUAUUAAAGAACAUGUUUUUUCUAGUUUUAUUCAACUUAUUAUUACUACACCAGAACUCCAAUCUUAUACAAUCAGAAAAUUAUUUUUUUCUUUACAAAAAAAUUUAACACAAGAAGCUCUUACUCUUGUCGGAAUAUGGACCAUAGGAGAAUAUGGCGAACUUUUGUUACAACCGUAUCAAUCACUUGAAGAAGAGCUUAAUCAUGUUAUUAAAGUAUCAGACAUUUUAGAACUCUUCGAAAAUAUUAUUGAUUCUAAUUAUUGUUCUAAAACAGUCAUGGAAUAUCUCAUGACUUCUUUGAUGAAGCUUUCUGUUCGUAUUAAGGAACAACCUCAGAUUGAGAAAAUACGUAGUUUAUUACGUAAAUAUUCAACAAGUAUAGAUAUUGAAAUUCAGCAAAGAUCUUUGGAAUACGAAAGGCUUUUUCAAUUUGAUGAAAUACGGGAAGAGGUUUUAAAGAAAAUGCCUCCACUUGUAAUUAAGGAUUCUGAAAUGUUUGAUUUUUCUAUUAGAAAAGUAAAAAGUAGUAAAGAAACAGAUGAAAACCUCUUGUUUGAUUUGUUUGGCGAUGAUUUCUUUUCGAAAAAGGAUUCAAAUGAUAUAAAUAAUGACAAAAGUGCAAUUUUAGAAAUUCUUGGAUCUUUAAAUCAUCAUAAAUCCUUGGAUACCGAAAAGAAUGUCUCUGUCUUUGCUCAAAAUUCUGAAUCACUUGGUACAAGUGUUGAUUCCGUUUCUUCCAAGCUUAAUAAAACAAUUGGAGAUGAUAUUUAUACUGUAUAUGAAAAAAAUAGUCUUAGGUUUACUUUGCAAAUCGAUUCAUUGCAUAUUUCUGAUAUGUGCAUAAUUGCUAUCACAAAUCGAUUUCUAAAUGUUGGUUUUACUCGAAUUUCAAAAAUUAAUUUGCAAGCUGCCGUAAUAAAAUCUCAAAAACUACAAAUGUAUCCUAUCUCUGGAACUUUCAUAGAACCUGGCGGCAACUUAAUACAAACAAUGAAGAUAACCGCUUCAAAAGGGUCCUUAUUACGACUUCGUUUUAAAAUUAUAUAUAAUUGUUACGAAUUAGGUGAUGUUGUCGAACAAGUCGAUUUUAAUCAAUUUCCUCAUAAUUUACUUUCCUAAUUACUAUUAUUUGCAUAUCAUAACUUACUUAUGCAUAUUUGUUA